CCAAAAUUUUUGCUCAUUUUCUCACUACUUUUUCCCAUUAACUUUCUUAGAUUCGAGAAGAUUAGAUUUUCUUGGCGGAUGGGCUGUUGGAAUUUUUCAUUUUGAUCAGAUUCUUUAACUUUUGGUUGCUAAAAUAUUUUCAAAGUUUGUGUUUGCUUUCACUAUUGUUUUUUAUGUGAUUUGUUGCCCUUCAACCUACCUACCUAACCUCACAGUCCAUGGGUUUUUUUAAUUAAUUUUUUUAAAAAAAAUUUAAGAUAGCAUAAAGAGGCAGGUUUACUUUUGGCUUCCCUGAAAUUACUGUUUUUUUUUAUAGUCAAAGGCUCAAAGCCUAUGUUUCUCCCUUCCUUCAAAGCUAAUCUUGAGGUUUAUGCCUAUCUGAUUGUCUCCUGAAAUUGCAGGAUUAGCUGUUUAUAUGACCCUUAUUGCUUCUUCUUGAGGUCCUUCUAAUUCAGAAUCAAAGGGAUCAUGUGUUCAAGAUAUUUUUGUUAAAUUGAACGCUGGUUCAAUCAGUGGAGGAGCAGAAUCUGUUCUAUGCUUCUUCUGAAUACAUGAUGAAGCUGGAUUUGUUUGGAACAACUCUGUCACGUUACCUUGAAUUAGGAUUUUGUUAAUGAUACGAUAGUCCAUGCUUCAUGCUUGUGCGAUCAUGGAGUUACAGAAUUGAAAUCUACAUGAUGGAUCAAAAUUGACAUUUCGGCCUUAAAAUAUAUCAUACAACCGUUUCUCCAAGACUGAGUUAAUUUAGAGAAUCAUGUCAUUAGUUAGACCUGCAGAGCUUUCUGCCACACCCUACCGAGAUCAUAAGCUCUACUCAUUGAAUGGGAGCAAUGAGAAUUCUGGCUUGUCCACCCAAAUAUUUGGCUCUGAUAAACGAAAGACCAUGUAUAUGACUGAUUCUUACUCUAGUGAGAGUUAUGAGAAGUACUUCAUUGACUCCCCAACAGAAGAACUAAUACGGCCAUCUAGUUCUAGCAUUUCUGGGAAUUCAUUUCACCUACUAGAUGCAUCAUCUUACCAGCCUAGAAUUGGCUCCGGAUCCUCCAUCACUACUCAAGAUCCCUGCAACACUUUUGCAUCAGUGAGACAUUGUGGUACCUACCAGUUAAAUUCUGAAUCAGAUUACUUGGAAAUUCAAAGCCCAGAUCCAGUGGACUAUGAUGCAGAUGAGAUGAGGUUAAAGCUUCAGGAACUCGAGAGAGUACUGCUAGAUGAUAAUGGAGAUGAUGAUGAGGAUGACAUGUUCGGAAAUAGUCAAAGCAUGGAAAUUGAUGGUGAAUGGUCUGAACCAAUCCAGAAUGUGAUGUUCCAUGACUCACCGAAGGAGUCUUCAUCUUCAGAUUCUAACUUGAGUAGCAUUAGCAGUAGCAAAGAAGUGUCACAAUUAUCUCCCCGGGCUCCCAAGCGAUUGCUUUUGAAUUGUGCCAAUGCAAUCGCAGAAGGAAAUUUUGUGGUAGCUGAUGCUUUAAUAAAUGAGCUCCGUCAAAUGGUUUCAAUUCAAGGAGAUCCUCCUCAGAGGAUUGCAGCCUACAUGGUGGAAGGUCUUGCAGCUCGUAUGGCUUCCUCUGGAAAAUAUCUCUAUAAAGCUCUGAAAUGCAAGGAGCCUCCAUCUUCUGAUAGGCUUGCAGCUAUGCAAAUCCUCUUUGAGGUUUGCCCUUGUUUUAAAUUUGGAUUUAUGGCAGCAAAUGGGGCCAUAAUUGAGGCAUUUAAAGGUGAAAAGAGAGUUCAUAUAAUAGAUUUCGACAUAAACCAAGGGAGUCAAUACAUAACACUAAUACAAACACUUGCCAAUCAGCCAGGUAAGCCACCAUACUUGAGGUUAACCGGGGUUGAUGAUCCUGAGUCAGUACAGCGUCCAAUUGGUGGCCUGAAGAUCAUAGGGCAAAGGCUUGAGAAACUAGCAGAAGCAUUUAAGGUGCCAUUUGAAUUUCAUGCAGUGGCAUCUAAAACUUCACUUGUUAGUCCGUCAAUGCUGGACUGCAAGCCUGGAGAAGCACUUGUAAUGAAUUUUGCUUUCCAGCUCCACCACAUGCCUGAUGAAAGUGUAUCAACAGUAAAUGAGAGAGACCAGCUUCUUCGAAUGGUUAAGAGCCUAAAUCCAAAACUCGUAACUGUUGUUGAACAAGACGUGAACACUAAUACUGCCCCCUUUUUCCAAAGAUUCGUCGAUGCAUACAAUUACUACUCUGCAGUGUUUGACUCCCUUGAUGCAACUCUGCCAAGGGAAAGUCAGGACAGGAUAAAUGUUGAAAAGCAGUGCCUAGCACGGGACAUAGUAAACAUAGUAGCAUGUGAAGGAGACGAAAGGAUUGAGCGAUAUGAAGUUGCAGGCAAAUGGAGAGCAAGAAUGAUGAUGGCUGGCUUCACUUCAUGUUCAAUGGGUCCUAAUGUGGUAGAUAUGAUUCGCAAACUCAUAAAGCAGUACUGUGAUAGAUACACGUUGAAGGAAGAAAUGGGUGCACUGCUUUUUGGGUGGGAAGACAAAAGCUUGAUUGUUUCUUCAGCAUGGAGGUGAACAGAAUCAUUUGGUCACUGCAAAAUCAUUCAGCAGAACUUCAACUUUUGUUUAGUCGAUGUAUUUAUAUUUUUGUGUGGGAUCAAGAUGCAUGCUAAUGUCCGUUCUUAUUAGACCAAAACAAGGACUUCCUAAUGUUGUGCAAAGUAAUGCAGGGGGAUUGCUAAUUACCUAACAAUAUCAAAUUCUCUUAA